UACUGAUUACUAUUCAGUACUUUAGAUCUAUAAUCAUGAUUCGUGGUGCAAGUGGAUAAUAGAUACUACUAUUAUACAGUUCUAUAGAAACCAUAAAUUAUAAAUUAUAUGGCUGAGCUAUUUAAUGUCAAAUAAAUAGGAUGAUUGGUUCAAAGAAAUUAAAACUUUUUGUUUGCACAAUGAGUUUAGUCUUAUGAUAUUAUAUCACCGAAUUAUAUCAUCUAUAAACCAUCACUGGAGGCUACUUAUUGUUUGAACAUCAUUUGUUAUUGUUUUAUCCAGUUUUCUUUCUAUAAUGUUUAAAUUCAAUACGUCUAAUAAACACACUACUAACAGCCAAACUGAUAAGGAUCUUAAGGAAGAAGGUAAUCGCUUAUUCAGUUACAAACAGUAUGAAAAGGCUAUUGAAUGCUACAAUAAAGCAAUCAUAAAAAACCCUGUUAUUCCUAUAUACUUUACCAAUAGAGCUUUAUGUUUCUUGAAAUUAAAACAAUGGGACAAGGCAUGUACAGAUUGUCGACGUGCUUUGGAAAUGGACUUCAGUUUCAUAAAAGGUUGUUUUUUUUUGGGUAUUGCACUUAUUGAGUUGGGAAGUUAUGAUGAAGCCAUAAAACAAUUACAAAGAGCACAUAAUUUAACAAAAGAAAAAAAAGUAAACUAUGGGGAUGACAUUACAAGCCAACUUAGAAGAGCUCGUAGACUGAAAUGGGAGAAACAAGAAGAAGUGAGACAGAAUCAAGAAAUAGAACUUUUGUCAUACCUGACAAAACUAAUGGAUGAUGACAUGGCACGUAAAGUCAAUGAAAUUAAAAAACCAUCAGAUAAUGAAACCGAAAUUGAAGAUUACGAUAACGGUGUUAUGGAAAUUAAAAAUCAAAGUGAGAGAUAUGCUGCUGAACUACAUACCAUAUUUUCUAAGAAUGACGACAGACGAAAGAAACGUGAAGUACCAGACUAUUUGUGUGGUAACAUAAGUUAUGAUAUUUUACGUGAUCCUGUUAUCACUCCAAGUGGUAUAACUUAUGAUCGCAAGGAUCUAGAAGAACACUUAAUGAAAGUUGGUCAUUUCGAUCCGGUUUCACGCCAGCAUUUAACUGUUGAUCAACUUAUCCCAAAUUUGGCAUUAAAAGAAGCGGUUGAAGCAUUUGUAAUGGAAAAUGAAUGGGUAAAUUAUUAUUGUACUUUGUAAGCCGAGCUUAUAAAAGUUUUUAUUAAAUAAUGUAUACAUAUUUAAUCUUAAUGACUUCUUAACCUUUCAAAUAGUUGUUAAUAGUAACUUCCUGCGUUAGAAUAUGUGUACCAUUUGUGAUUAUUAUUUUUCUAGUUAAAUUUCAAAUUAUAAAAAAAAAUAAUAAUUUAUUAUUUAGCUUAUUUUUAGCCAUUUAAUAAUUCAGAAUGUGGUGUUAUAUCUUAAACUAUUUAAUGCACAUUGAUUAAAAUAAUAUAAAUCUUUAUUAAAAUUUGUUUGUAAAAAGAAAUCAUUUGUUAAGUUUUUAAUACAAUUGUAUAAUAUGGACAUGAAUUAUACAAGAGCAGAAAUGGUACUAUUUCAAUUUAAUUUUAAUUUUAUAAUAUAAGUCAAAAAUGUAUGAUGGAAAUUAAAAGUUAUAAAUCUGCAUGUAGUUUGUAUGAUCAUUAUUUUUGCAUCACGAUACAAAGAGUAAUAGGUAGUAAAAUAUAUUAUUAUUUUAAAAUACCUACAUAUUUUAUAGGAUAGGUAUAAGUAUUUGAAAUUGUUUAAUAUUUUUAGACUUAAUCAGAUUUAUUAUAUUUUUACACAUUUUUUUUUGUAAAUCAGUAUUUUAAAAUUAAAAUAUAAUAUACUAAUAUAACAUUUUUUGUUUGACUGUAUAAUAUUCGAUCUAAGUAUUUAUAUUAUUAUUUUAUUUUUUAAUACAUAAACUGUAAGUUAAUUUGUAUUCGUUUAUAAUCAAGUAAACUAUUUAGAUCUAAAUACAUUUUAGAUUUUAAGUACCUAUGUAUCUACUUAUCAAUAUUAUAAUGAGCACGAGCAAACAGUAUGUUAAAUAUUUCAAAGGUCUAACUUCUUAAAUUUAUUAUUGUACUCUCUUGUAAAAAAUGUAAUUAUUUUUCAAUAUUUUAUUCUAUCACAUAGGUUAGAAUAGUGUUGGUUAUGUUAUUUAUGUCAUGCAUAUUGUCUAUAGAUUUAAUCAAGAGCAUGGAUUAAAAACUAUUGUGAUAAUAUGAAAUAUGUUAAAACAUUUAUUUACUUUUAUUUUUUAUUACAUUUUACUAUUAAUAUACUUUAUCUGUAUAAUAAUACUUAAAAUAUUUAUUAUGUGACAAAUACAAACAGCUUACAAUAUGCUAAA